GGCUCUCUGCUUGCCAACGCGCGCUGAGUUCCGCUCAGUCUGGCCAAUCGUGUCCCGCUGUGGUUGAGCAGCACCAUUGCAGUGUGGGGAGAUCAUACGGAGGUACUGCUCGCUUAGAGAGGGAGCAUCGGGAGGAAAGAUACUCGACCUGGGUGACCGCUCUGGGCUAACACCACCCCUACUUCCCCUGCACGGCCACCGCGUGACAUUGCCACAACCUGCUCGAGUCGGGGUGACCCUCAGUGAUUGACAAAUGUGUGACACUGUGGAGAAACAUUUGCCUCUCCUAGUGGAGAUCUGAGUUCUGGGACACUGAGGCAGCCGAGGGGGGGGUCUCUGAGGAAGAUGCUGGGUUCAGAGCGCGGUGUUGUCGAAGAAUGGCUCUCAGAAUUCAAGUCCUUACCAGAAACCCACAUCCCCAGCUACGCCGGCAGCCUUCAUCUGAAGAAGUCCCUGGUGCCAGCACUCUACAGAGUCAUCCAAGACCCCAACAAUGAGCUACUGGAGCCCGUGUGCCACCAACUGUUUGAGCUGUACCGGAGCUCUGAAGACCGCCUGCGCCGUUUCACCUUGCAGUUCCUGCCUGAGCUGGUGUGGGUAUACCUGCGCAUCACAGCCAGCAGGGAUCGCCAGAGCAAUGGGUGCAUCGAGGCCCUCCUCCUGGGCAUCUAUAACCUGGAGAUCGUGGACAAAGACGGCAACAGCAGGCUCCUCUCCUUCACUAUCCCAUCUCUGUCCAAACCAUCGAUAUAUCAUGAGCCUUCUAGCCUGGGAUCCAUGGCCCUGACAGAAGGAGCGCUCUGUCAACAUGACCUGAUCAGAGUGGUGUACAGCGGCCUCCAUCCUCAGAGAGAGACCUUCACAGCUCAGAACAGGUUUGAAGUGCUGUGUUUCCUCAUGCUCUGCUACAACUCUGCUGUGGUCUACAUGCCCCUGUCAUCCUAUCAGUCAGUCUGCAGAAUGAGCUCACGGUUGUGUGUUUGUGGCUUCCCCCGGCAGCAGCAGAAGCUUUGGAGGGAACCAUGCAACCGCGUGCUGCUCGACCCCGAGUUCAUGGUGCAGAUGCUGACUGCUGUCUAUCAUGCUAUAUACAACGGAGAAUGGGAGAUGGGACGGGAAGCCCUGGAGGACAUUCUGUACAGAGCCCAGCUGGAGCUUUACUCUCAGCCUCUGCUGCUGGGAAACGCCAUGAAGAACUCGCUGCCAGACAACGCGCCCGACGAGCCGCAGGGGCGCAAGGUGCUCCAGGUGGAGGUGACACCCACCAUUAGCCGCAUCUCCAUCUCGGCCAUCACCACCGCCUCCAUACGACGCCACCGCUGGAAGAGAGAGGAUUGUUUUGACUACUCAACCGGUGCAGAGUUGAGCCUCAUCGUCAAUCCUCCUAGCCUCGCCCAGAACCACCACCACCACACUCCUUGGGACCCCGCAGCCAAUGAGGAGAGAGGAAGGCGGCCUCACAGCCACCACAGCAGCAGCAGCAGCAGCAUCAUUCCCCCCAUCACAUUUGAGGACGCUGAUGGCAUGAGCGGCGGGGAAGAUUCCUUCAACGUCAACGACCCUGACGAGGGUUUCUCCUCUGGGGCGUCCAACAGCAGCCAGCCCAGCGGCACCAAGACAGGCGGCGGCGUAGGGCAGAGGGGCGGCAGUCUGAACAGCAGCAGCAGCAGCAUCAAGAAGGCCAUCACAGCCCGGCUGUCUCGCGACAAAGAAAAGGAGCGGGAGAAGGAGGCGGAUUUGUCAGCGGACCACCAGGUCCCCAUGAGGAGGCACCACCAGAGGCAGCAGUCGCCCCCAGCCAGCAUCAACUUGGAUGCCAUCCAGCUGAGCCCCAUCAAGAAGCACCUGAGCUUCCCCGCGGGGCCGGCUCUGGUGCGGACUGGCAGCACCUCCUCCAGCAAGUCCUUUGACUGCAUGAGUUUCAACCUGAACGGCAGCAACCUGCGAGAGAAGGCGGCGGGAGGCUCAGACAAAGAAGGGGGGCUCCCGGCAGGCGGCACCCACCGACAGUCCACCAUCAGCCUGAAGGAGGAGCACCUCAUCAGGCCAGAGGAUGCUCAGGACCUCCUAUCUCCUGGAGCUCCUCUCACCAAGCAGUCCCGCUCCCCCAGCUUCAACAUGCAGAUCAUAUCACAGGUCUAAUGUGCAGUGCAGGGCAUGGUAGACACACACACAUGCACACACAGAAUACAUGUUCAUAAGACACAACAUCCUCCUCAUGCAGGUUUUCUCUGCAACAGCCCUUCUAUGACAACUUCUGUCUACCUAUCUAUGUUGGUGUGUGUGACUGUGUGUGUUCGUUUGUUCAGGAAAACAUCUUCAGAUAUUAGGAGUUGUGUCUUCACCCUUUUAACAUCCAUUAAACUUACAAUCGUGACCUACCUGCAGUCGACGUUUGCGAGUUUAGCGUCGCUGAAAAUGCAACAAAGAGAAGAGUAGAAAACAAUGACGACACUGCGGUCGAGUCCAGCAUGUCACUGCAUCCUCCCAUCUGAGCGAGUAAACGUCGGGAGAAAACUCGUAAGGAUGCCACGCUAGCUGUAGGGAGAUAUGGGACAGUUAAGAUUUCUUGAGUUCCUGACUGAAUCAGUCAAAAAAAAAAAAAAGAAAAAAAUCAGCAAUAACACUCACCGUCGCUCAUGUGGAGAACAGAGGGGUCUCUUUAUUCCUUCCCUGUCAGUUCCGGGCUCACGUGCAAUCGUUCUUGCUGAUUAUCUUCCUUGUUGAUUGCUGUUUUUUAAUUGGGCAUAAAUGGUUUUAUGAAUGAAAUUUCUUUAAAUGUUUUUAAAUCAAAGUCCAAAGAAGGUAGCAUUUGUUUUUGUUUUUUUCUUUUCACUUGUUUGGGAAAGAUUUGGCAGAAAAUCAGUGAUUCUUUAGUUUUGAUGUGUAAAAUCUGACUUGAUUGUUGUUAAACCAAACUGGAAUGUGGCGAGGGUUCUCGUCUUGCCCCCCCCGAGCUUUUAAACUGGACAAAUCUAAAGAAAAUGCUAAUGUGCAGCUACAAGAGGAAUGAAUUCAUCUGAAUCUUGUGGUAGAACUCGAUGAACACAUAGUAGACGGCGCAGGUCUGAAGCUAAAAGGCAACAACUGUAUUUUAUAUUGGAUUAUUCUCAUGGUUCAAACCAUUUAAUGGGUCCUUCCAUCUGAAAGCACUUCUUGUUGGUGUUGGUUUUUGUGGUGUCCUGUCUGAGCCGGUGAAUUACUGCCCUCUGGAGGCUUGUACCUGUCACUGCGCAUCAGCGGUCACCAUGACGAUCGUCUUGUGUUUUGUGCUCUGAUUGGACGCUCAUGAAACAUUUUGUUCUACCUCAUUGUGUGUUCACCUGCCACUCAGACACCUGUCUCCCAAUCAGACCCAAGAUCUAAACACCCCAUUGGGUUUCAAACUGGAGUGCUCAAUGAUCAGUUUGGGGGAUUCAAAGAGAGAACACGCACAGAAAAAAAAAAAAGCCUGUGUGUGUUUGUGACUGAAUAUCUCGGCCUCAGCAUUUCAGUUCAAAAACCUAGCUGCAAAAUGAGAACACGACUGUCUUCAGGUUUUCAAUCAUAUAUCAAAAACAGCCACAUUUGGGAUUAACCUGAUUAUUUUAAUUCCAUAGAAAAUGUCCUGCUUAUCUUUCUUUCUUUUUUCAUGUAAUGAUUUUUGAAGUGCAAUUUUUUUUUAAUCCUCACGUGCAUGGAGUUGGAUCUUCUCUGCUGUUAAAUGCCUGCAUCUGCGCACAGUGCUAGCUGUAGCCUUCUGUAGUGCUCCCUGCCCAGGCUGAGUGAUUUGAACAUGGCGUGCUUGUCUGCAUGUUUUUAGUGCCCUGCGCAGCACUGCUGUUUCAGAUGCGUGAAACAGCCAGCGAGCCAAACCCCAAGUCUUCGUCCUUUGUCUUCGCCAGAUGUGCCAAUACACAUCCUCUCCUUAAGGAAAUUAUUUUGUCUUAAGUUUAAAAUGCCUCUUUUUUUCUGUUUAUUGGUCUUACUUAUUUUAAAGCUAAGGGACAAAUAAAGGGAUGUUUGGACGUAUGGCUCAACGUGCCCUUAGAUGCAGCUUCACCUUUUUUUUUCUGCCAUGACCUCUUUUCACUUGUCACAGGUGUGUGUGCGCGACACACUGUACUCUCACAAUCAUCACUAAGCUUUGCUGUUCACGUGUAAAAGCAGUAUAUUUAUGCGUCUGUGUACUGUAGAUGUCAGCUGUUGUAUUGCAUUUUCCACGUCUUUGUUCACGUGCUUGUUUCGAAACGAGGAUGAAUGAUAAAUGUAUAUAAAAGUCAGUUCAGUCUGCAGUGAAAAAUUCCACAGCUCAAACCUCCACAGCUGCUGCUCCUGGUCCUGAGUGAGUCCUGUGUGCACUUUAGCCUUAAACAUGUCCUCCUCCUCUUCCUCCUGCUGGACUGGACUGUGGAAGAAGAGAGGAGUGAGCUACAGUUCACACUCUCACCUGGUCUGUUUGCUGUCACCCCCCUCGUGCUGCUGUGUGGCUCCCCGGAGCCGUGUUUCUCCCCAUUUGCUGUAUUUUGCUGUGAGUUGAGUGGCACCUUCUUUGCCGUUUUAAAACUGGUGACGUGUUCAUGUCAUUAAUAUGAGUGCCCCUGACCAAGGUUACCAGCAGCAGCCAUGUUGGUACUGUAUGUUGACAUAGAGUAACCGAUAGACAAAUAUCCCUCAGUGUCUGGUGUUAUUUGCAUGUGAUCAGGGUGGGAAAUGAACACCCGCAGGUGAUAAAGCUUGACUGGGGCUCAGAUUUGUAUCUGCCAUCCAGUGUUGGCCAAAUGAUAAGCUAAGAAUUCAAAAAAUGUCCACAUACAUUUCAAAAAAUGUCUUAUUUAAAGGACAAAUUUGUAAGAUAUGGUCAGAAUUGUAGUGUUUAACAUUGUUUAAAAAUUACCCUUGCACUUUCAGAUGCGAGAUGUAAAAGUGGUGAGUUUUCUACUUAGUCUAAUAAGUAUUGAAAUGAACUCAUGAAAUGUCAAAAAAGGAAAUAUUUUUACACCUAUUUUCAGUCCAGUAUACCUUCUGAAUUUCUUCCUUCAAGGAUUUUAAGAUCCUCAUUAACUCAUUGUAAGACAUUCAAAUUCAGAAUAAACAAAAAUAAAUGAAAAUUUAGGUCAAAAUAAAUUCUCAAUAAAUACAGUGAGAUGUGAUCAUUUUCUGGCUCUACACACCAUUUUUACACACUGCUAAUGUCUUCUUAUUAGAGCUGCUGUAAAUUGCCUCUGUACCGCCGUCUUUCUUGGAGGUUGUGUUAAGUCCCAGUUUGGUGUCCAGCUGUGUUCAGUGUCACAUCAGCUGAGCCCUGGCACCCGUGGUCACUCCCCCUUUGAUCCAAAGUCCAGAUCCAGACAGUCCAGUCCAGUCAAACUCCUAAUGGUAGCUAGUUACAGCCAAGGAUUGCUAGAAAGGAGCAGCGGUUGUCAGGUACUCUGGUUAUACACUGCCUGCGUGUUUGGAGUAACCUUUAAAUUCUGGCCAUAUUCUACAAAUGACACCUUUUUAAAAAGUAAAAUGUCUGGUUGUACUCGGUCAGCCACUGUUGCUGGUGGACGAAGUUCAUUUCCUGUCCUGCAUGUGAUAACUGUGGGCUUUUGUUUUCAUACAGUAUGAUGCACUUUAAUCCAUCCACCUCGCUCCUCAAGAUAGUUAUUGAAAUGAUAUAUAUAGAUGUGCAGAUGUGUAUACACUCAAUGCAGGGUUAUAGUCUCUUUAAAGUAGUACUUCUAUGUGAUGUCACAUCCAACACAAUGCUAUUUUUGUUAAAGUCUAAGGGUACAGCUAUUUAUUAUAUUUUCUUUUCAAAACCAAAAAAAAAAAAAAAGAGUAACGGGGUCUGGAAGGUCUCAGGAGUUUAUUCAAAAAGCCACAUUUUUAAAAAAGGCAGCACCAAAAUUUCUGUUCUUGAAGUCAGAAUUGAUUCUAUGCAACAUUUUUUCCCCUUUUUUGUUUUUGGUGUACCGGCUUUCAUUGGUCCAUGUCGGGCGGCACGGAGCAGAUGCAUUUAAGCUGUUUUUGUUUUUUUUUUUAAAAAGGUGCAAGUCCUCAACAGUGUCUCCCCCAUUCAGUGAUUUCUGUACAUACACCCUGUUGUGGUGCUGCAGGGCGAAAGGACCUCUCUCAUUGUGGGUAAAAUAAAGAGGACCAUCCAUUCGUCAUCCCACUGCCCUCACAGAGAGAAAGCCAACACCUGGACUAUCGGUGCAUGUUUGAGCCCUUUGCUGCUCUGUGGCUCAAAGACGUCAAAGUUGGUGUAUGAAAUACAGAUUAUAAAUGAUAAAUCUCACCUAGAUGCUUCGAGGGAAGCUGCUGGACCAUGUGAUAACACUGUACUGUUGAUGUUGUAUAAAUGGAGAGAAAGACUUAUUUUAAAUCUUGUAAAUAAAAAAAAUGUACAAAGGUGAAAGCAAGAUAGAUAUAAAAACACUGAAGAUCAGUCUGAGAUGUAGAGAAAAAUUAAUCUGUAUAUUGUUGAAUAAAUAUUGUGCCGUAAGGGAAA